CGUCAGUUGGCGGUUAAAGACGCAUGUUUUUGUAGAUCACAAUUUGUAAGCUGCAAAAAUGAGUGGAUCCUGGAAAAAGUACGUCCUCUGGUUUGCCCAGGAGCAUGUGGACUUUCGUCAAGCUGAAAUAGCCUCACUCAUGCGGCUAUGGAACAUUCAAAUGAACACCCCAGCUAAUCACAACCCGGAGCGACCGUUUUGGGUGGUGGAAAUGCAAAAUGACGAGGCAGCACGCAAGCUUGCAUCACGUUCCAUGUCUUUACGGUGCGUCUUUGAGCUUUGGGCUCAUUCGGGCCAGGGAUUGCAGUGCUUCCACCAGGAGCUUCGACGACACGUUGAAUCGAACCAAUCACUAGCAGUUCACUUCCAGGCGGACAAAUCGUUCAAAAUCACCGUAGAAACUUACAACAAACACUUCAGCCAGAAGGAAAAGGUGGAAAAAAUCGAAACCAUGCAGUACCUCCCCAUGAAUGGGCCAGUAAAUCUCAAGAACCCCGACGUGCACUUCUACUACAUAGAGUUUUGGGGCAUGGAUCCGAUGCAGGUGCCCGAGGAACCGCACGAGGUGCUGUUCGGCCGGCGGGUGGCCGAAGGAAAGCGCGACAUGAUCAAUGAGAUUUCUCUCAAAAAGAGAAAAUUCAUAGGCAACACUUCGAUGGACCCUCAGCUGUCGUUGCUGAUGGCCAAUCAGGCGCUGGUACGCAAUGGUGAUCUGGUAUUCGAUCCGUUUGUUGGCUCCGGCUCGUUGCUAGUAGCCGCCGCGAAGUUCGGAGCGUACGUGUUCGGUGCCGACAUCGACUACAUGAUCGUGCACGGGAAGUCGAAACCGACGCGUGUCAAUCAGAAGGUCCGGGAGAAGGAUGAAAGUAUCUACGCGAACUUAAAGCAGUACGGAUGCGAAAGGUUGUUCGUAGACGUACUGAUAGCAGAUUUUUCCAGAAGCAUUUGGUCGGACAAUAUUGUCCUCGACAGUAUCAUCACUGAUCCUCCUUACGGAAUUCGUGAGGCAACGGAAAGAAUUGAAUUCAAAAAUUACCGAAAAACUACGGUGAUGACGGAGGACGCUGUCCAUUACCCGUCCACAUCGCCCUACAAACUGUGCCAGAUGUACAAGGAUUUGCUGCAGUUUUCAGCCCGCCAUCUCAAGCUUGGUGGACGCUUGGUGUGCUGGUUUCCCGUGUUAAAGAAAGACUACAAUUCUAACAUUCUGCCUCGUCACAAGUGCCUCCAACUUAUCGCAAAUUCCGAACAACCCCUCUCCGGGUACAGUUCCCGAAGACUUUUGACGUAUGAGAAAAUUUCCGGUAACGUUGACGAUGACGAUGGGUUCGAGAUGCCGACCACCGUGGUGGAAAACUACCGCCAGCGAUAUUAUACCGAACUAGCGGUAGACAAUGGCACACGAAAAGAGCGGCGGUUGGCGAUGCGUGAGGUUAUUCGCAAGGCAGCAAUGGAGCGUGGGAAACAGCAGCAGCCGGAUGGAAAGUGGCGUUUCCCGAAGGAGCAACCGGAUGCGUGAGAGAGUCUGGUGGAAAGUCAUGCAAACAAUAAAAUGCCCACACAUACAUACACUUGAACAUGAUUAGGGUUACUAGGAUUACUUGAGUGA